AUGAUGUUCACCAAGGCUUUCGGUCUCCUCGCCUCCUUCGGCGCUAUGGCUUCUGCCCUCCCAACCGCCUUCGAGACUCGUGACUCCAACUCCACUGGUGGUGUCGAGAUCUUCAAUAAUAUGGGCCAAGACAUCUACCUCUGGUCCGUUGCCGACAGUGCCGACUCCAGCAUGAUCACCCUUGAAUCCGGUGGCAAGUCAUACACCGAGUCCUGGAAGCUCAACAGCGACGGCGGUGGUAUCUCCAUCAAGCUGUCCACUACCCCCGAGCAGUCUGAUGUGCUGCAAUACGAGUACACCCUGGUCUCGCCAACCAUCUUCUGGGACCUUUCUUGCAUCAACAUGGGUAGUACCUCGCAGUUCUCCACUGCUGGCUUCGCUGUCACCUCCAGUGAUGAAGGAAACUGCCCUCAAGCCACCUGCAAGCCUGGCGACAGUGCCUGCGCUGAUGCUUACCUGUUCCCCACUGAUGACCACGCCACUCACGGUUGCCCUGAGUCUGUCCAGAUGACCCUCAACCUGGGUCCAUCUUCUGCCGAGUAA